GUAGCACGCAUGAUAUUUUCAUUGAUUGUUAUUCUCUAACGGCUAGUGCGUUUAUGGCCCUGCACGUCUUGAACCCAAAAGUUAUCAAAUGUGAAAAAAUACUUUAAAGAGCUAUUAAACGCACAUUGAAACAAUAUCAUCAUUUUGGUAUUAAAAUAGCUAAAAAUGUGUGAAAAGUAUGUAAAUCAUGAAAAUAAUAAAGUAUCAAAAUAGUAUAAUUUAUCAUGGUUGUCAAAUACUGGUAUGCGAGCUGACACAAUCAGGUUAACCGAUAUUGAAUAAAAAUUGGCCGGAAGACCAUCAAUAUAAAGUGGUAGUCAAAACUCAAAAUUGUUACAAAACGACAAAAGUAGUCCACAAUCAGGAAUUUAGUAGUCAAAACGAAAUGAUAAAGUUUCGAUCACUAAAUAAAUGACGUCAUUUUGAUGUAAUUAUUAGCGCAAAAAAAAGGAGGAAUUUGUUGGAUUCAAGUAUGAACAUUUAAAUGUUGAUCUUGUUCGUCGGAUUUAAUUAUAAAAGUUUGGAUGUUGAAAUUAGAUACGAUUUUUAAAUAUAUGAUGAUUUGUCAUUUUGUUUGUAAAAUAUGAUAUUCAAUUUAAAUAUGAAGGUAGGUUAUAAGGGAAUUGCCGGUAUCGUUUAAUAAAGGUUUGACAAUCUUAUAAUUUAGUUAUGGUGUUCCUACCCCAGUUAGAAUACCAGAUUUGGGUCCAACCAGCCCGACCGGACGGUCCACCCACAAGUUACAAUCCUGAUCUUUAUACCUAGAGUCAAACACGAGGCAAAUUCGCAGAAAGAAACAAAAACAGGUUGGGCUCGAUAAGAAAAGCUCAUCUAUUCCCUUCGCCAGUGGCAGCGCGCGCCACCGUACUGGAACUUAGGUGAACUAUUUCCCUUAUCGAUAUCAUCAUCCGUCACAAUUUCCCCUCUCCCUUCCCCUCUCCUCUCCUCGCUCGCGCGAAACCAAGUAAGUUCGCAACUAUUCUCCCUUCCCUUCUCUGGCUUGUCCCGUUUCUCCGUUUUCUUAUCUCUUUGCCAUACAGUCAAUCAAUUCGACUUUCCUUUCGCUGUACUUCCAUUCCUGUAGGUGAACUUAUGGUGGGUUUAGGGUUUUUCAGUUUUUUAUUUUUUUGUAGUCUCACUUUUCUCAAAAGAGUUGCUUGAAUAAUUCUGGGUAUUGUUUAUUCCGCUUCAUCCAUUCGGCGUAGGCAUCAAUGGGUUCUGCAGCGCGUGAAUGGGUCGGUUUCAAGCAGUUUCCGACUGCUACACAGGAAAAGCUCGUUGAUUUGUUUGGAAAAUUGAAGGAACAGGGUGUAAAUACUUUGACCAUUCUUGUAAUGGGCAAAGGUGGGGUUGGAAAAUCUUCCACUGUCAACUCCCUUAUCGGGGAGCGUGUGAUGAAUGUGAAUUCCUUCCAAGCUGAGAUUGUAAGACCGGUGAUGGUAUCACGUUUACGUUCUGGAUUCACUAUUAACAUCAUAGACACCCCAGGGCUUGUGGAAGGUGGCUAUGUGAACUAUCCAGCCCUAGAGUUGAUUAAGCGGUUUCUUUUGAACAAGACAAUCGAUGUUCUACUCUAUGUUGAUCGCUUGGACUCAUACAGAGUUGAUGACUUGGAUAGGCAGAUAGUUAGUGCAAUUGCAGAUGGUUUUGGGAAAGAAAUAUGGCGUAAAAGCUUGCUUGUUCUGACUCACGCCCAACUCUGCCCUCCAGAUGACAUCAGCUACGAGGUCUUUACCUCCAGAAGGUCUGAGGCUGUCUUAAAAACAAUUCGUACAGGAGCCUGUAUUAAGAAACGAGAAUCUGAGGACUACCCUAUCCCAGUUGGUUUAGUUGAGAACAGUGGGAGAUGCAAUAAGAACGAGAGUGAUGAAAAGGUUCUUCCAAAUGGGGUUGCUUGGAUUCCGUCUCUGGUUGAAGAGAUAAUUAGCAUCGCAACAAAUGGCAGUAAAGCUAUCGUGGUUGACCAGAAGUUGAUUGAUGGUUCGGGUUCUAAUGACAGGGGAAAGCUCCUCAUCCCUGCUGUGAUCGGGGUUCAGUGGUUCAUUGUAGAACUGAUUAAACGAGCGAUUAGAGCUGACAUUGCCAAAGGGGGGCGCUCUUUGUGAGUAGUCCAGCAUUAUGUUGUGCGCAAACUGCCUAUUCUGAAUGCAAUGGUUCCUGCCCUUGUGAGUUUUUGCUUUGUUCCCCAUGUCUUCUGAGAGACUUCCCAAAUUUUCUGAGGAUUUGCUGUUAUGAGAGUUUUGAGGUCAGCUACACUAAAAACUGUACCCAGAUUGCUGGUGGAUCUAUCUUAACAUUGUUGGGUGUGUGGUUAGUUAUCUUGAGUAAAAGCUAGUUAGCCCGACGUUCGAUGUCAUUCAGCAGGAAGAAAUGGGCUUUCUCCCCGUCCGUUGUGUCGUGUUAGUAUAUUCUCUGGUUGCUGAUUUUUGAGUUGCUUUGCUAUUCUAAUGGAAAUGCGGUCUUGGUCUUAGUGGUGCAACUGCAACUGCAACUUCAUCAUACACAUAAUUACAUAUUUGACAGCUCAAUGAUUAACAUGGGGGAUGAAUGCGGUAUAUAGCAUGCUGCAGAAAAAGGCAGGUGUAGAUGCCAGCCCGUCCUGCCUGCGCAUGGGUUGAGAAUGUGGACCCUUCCUUCCUGGUUGCACUUUGAUGCUGGCUUGGCUGGCUCUCAUGAUUAUGUAAAAUCACUCUGAUGAUACGAACUCUGCAAAUAUUUGUGCUUUCAUUCUCUCUUUGUGCGAAGAUUGCGGGGAGGAAAAGGGAAAGGUGAAGUGGAGAAAGGAGGAUGAAGAAGGUAGUGGUGGCUGCGGGGGACCAUUAAGCUGCGGUGCAAACUUUGUAUCUAUGGUGUGUGUUAAUGCAAUCAUUAACCUCACCAUUCUUCCACUUUAGGCCACAAAAAGCAUCAUUAAGAGCGCCAUAAUCAAUAGGGAUAUUGUAGCCGACAGUCUCAUUUGUCGCGUUGGCUUGGGAGGAAGGCCGAAAGAGUUCUACAGUUUUUUUUCUUUUUUUUCCUUUCUGUCCGAAAUCUACAUAAACAAAUCUAUAUUGUGCUGUUGAAAUCACAUGACUUGAAUAUGUGCUUUGCAGUUUAACAAUCUUUCUCACGAAGGCAGCAUAUGUUUGCUAAGCUCCAUCCUCGUCGUUUCAAGUUACCUCGAUUCAGAAUUCUGUUGGGGGAUGGAAUUCUAACGGGUCAUUUGGAUGCAUCAUUUAGGUUCUGUGGUAUUUCGUAUCAAAAUGCUGCAUUAUUUUGCUAUGUGACGUUUCAUAGUUUGGAAUGUGGUAAUUGGUCUAAUUGUUUUGUUUGAAUAAAACAUUCAAAUAUCGUGGUAUUUCACCACUUAAAGAAGGGAAGAAGUGAAAAAGAAGUUGAGAGAUGAGUUAUUUGAAAUAACUAGGGGGUGGGUAUGUAUUUCAAAUAACUCACAAUGAGUUAUUUCAAUUGCCUCGUGGACAAAAUACCACAUUUCAUUCCAUUUUUUGCCAAACAAGUUAGUUCGGCUAAAAUGAAUUGAGUUAUUUUAGCCGAAAUAGCUCAUCAAAAUACUGCAUUCAAACGACCUGUUAUAGUCGUCGUUUGGAUGACUAAAAUUUUUCAGUUGACCUCGUAACGAGUUGUAUUUUAUUAUUUUAGCCGAAAUAGCUCAUCAAAAUACUGCAUUCAAACGACCUGUUAUAGUCGUCGUUUGGAUGACUAAAAUUUUUUAGUUGAUCUUGUAACGAGUUGAAUUUUAUUAUUUACAUUUUGGUAUGUAUUGAUUUUAAGUAUGGAGUUUAAACUAAAUGCUAAUAGAAAAGUGUCAGGCUUAAGAAAACCGAUGAAUGCUAACAUGGCUGCUUGGAAAUACGAAAAUUUUAACCCGCAUAUGAAUUUAAUGAAGAUAAGUUUUAUAA